AUGUCAAUUCGUUAUGCAACUUUUGCAUAUACUAUUUCAGCCUUGUGGCAGGCGCUACGCGAAAUCUUCCCCGCCGCCCAGAUGAAAGGCUGCGUGUUUCACUGGACCCAGGCUGUGCUGCGGCGCAUCAACGAAGUGGGCCUGAAGACCACGUAUGAGAGACGGGAGGCCGUCCACGCCCUUAUGAGAAAGUUGAUGGCCGUUCCCUUUCUGCCGGGAACUCAUAUUCCGCGUGCAUUCAGCAGGUUGGCUGAACGCGCGACGUCCAUGGAGACGGAAGCGGUGUUCUCCUACAUUCAGUCCACCUGGCUUGACAGUUCAAUCUGGGCACCGGAAGAAUGGUCUGUGUACCGACAGACUGUCAGAACGAACAACGACACAGAAGGGUGGCACCGUCGGUUGAGUUUGAAGGCAGCCGACCACAAGUGCUCCUUCUAUGUGUUGGUACCUCUUCUGCGGCGCGAGGCCGAGUACCUGCCAGUGCAGGCCCAGCUGGUGCGAGAGGGAACCGGGCGGGUCCGACUCAACGUCUAUGUAAAUCUUGACGAGGAGCUUGGCCAGCUAUGGGAAGAAUACGACCAGCGGGAACUGACCACCGAGGAUUUCCUAAACCAAGAUCGGGGAGACGUAUGCCUUCUGAAUCGUCGCCUCUUGAUGAUGAUGAUGAUGAUGAUGAUGAUGAUGAUGAUGAUGAUGAUGAUGAUGAUGAUGAUGAUGAUGAUGAUGAUGAUGAUGAUGAUGAUAAUGCUGGGAUAUAUAAACCUAUCACCACAUGAUGAUGAUUAUCACGUUACGUUGAUGAUAAUUAUGAUGAAUAUUAUUAUUAUUAUUAUUAUGAUGAAUAUGCUGUAAUUAUUAAGUUACAAAUAAAUUAUGCAAUUAUAAUGAUGAUGAUGAUUAUUAUUAGAGUGAUUCUUUUGAUGCUGAAGAUUAUUAUGCUGCUGCAGACUAUGGUGUAUUUAUGCUGAUAAGUAUAAUGAUGAUGAUUUAAAUGCUGAUGUUUCUUAUGCUGAUUAUUAUGAUGAUGAUAAUUUUGAUGAUCAUUAUUAUUAUACUGAUGAUUGUGACUCUUAUGAUGAAUGAUGAUGAUUAAUAUUUAUAUGAUGAUUAUUAUGAUGAUGUAAUUGCAUUAUUAAUAAAAUAAACAACUUGUGUGUAGUAAAUUAUGUAGUAUGUAAUUAGGUUAAAUUAAUGUAUUGUGUUGUUAAGACGUAUGUAUUCCUUAUUGUUAUAACUUUAAAAUUAUCCAAAUAAAUGUAAUAUAAAUUA